UUUUUUUGUCUGCGCUUCAACAACAAAAAAGCUCAGCGGUCAUCUAUUUGUGUGGACUGCUUCCGUUUCUGUUUGGCUGUCGGGCUAGCGUUCUGCUAGCUUCGAUUAUCAGUCGACGUGUAACCAGCUGGUCUCUUCAGGCCGCUGCGGUCGUGGGUAGCUACUCGAAUAUCGAUGCUCGGAGAGUUAAUCGUAUCUCGUCUGUAAAGAGUAAUUAGAAAGAUGGUCAAUGACGGUUAAUGUUUCCUCAUGACGGGAAAAUGCGAAUGUGGACAGCGGUGUUUCAUAUUUAGCUAUAACGUUAGUAGCUAGCCUCCGUGGAGAGGUGCACCGAUGCCAUGGCCUCCCACAGCUCCUCCCCAGUGCCUCAUCCCAGCAGUGGUGGCAGCGAGGGGAUCUUCCGGAAGGACAGGGACCCUUCCUCACGACACUACAGGCCCAUCCACUCCCUGCCCGACGUCUGCCCCAAGGAGCCCACGGGUGAGGCAGCCCGGGGGCUGUGCGAGGGCCCGUCGGUGGUGGCAGACCAGCACAGGUGGACGGUGUACAACUCCAAGGUGAACCUUCCAGCCGCGCUGAACGACCCACGGCUGGCCAAGAGGGAGUCUGACUUCUUCACCAAAUCCUGGGGCCUGGACUUUGCCGAGACGGAAGUCAUGCCCUCCUUCUACCUCCCCAACAUCACAAAGGAACACUUUGGCCCCUACCUGCAGGAAACAGCUCAGAGGGAGAAAAUCCAUGAGCGAUGCAAGAAUAUCUGUCCCAACAAGGAUGAGCUGGAUGCGGUCUCCAGCAUCACAAACAACCACGACAAAUCAAGAACAGAGUUGGAGCAGGUUCCCAAGAUCUUCAUGAAGCCUGACUUUGCACUAGACGACCCAACGACCUUUAACGCGGUCCUACCAUGGUCCCACUUCAACAGCGCUGGGCGGAAGAGCAGCAGGGACAUGGCAUCGUCACGGUUACUACAGGAAAAGCUGAGCCACUACCUCGACGUGGUGGAGGUGAGCAUCGCGCGCCAGAUCUCCCUGCGCUCCGAGGCCUUCUUCCACGCCAUGUCCUCCCAGCACGAGCUCCAGGACCGCCUCACCGAAACCGCCCGCGCCGUGACAGUCCUCCGGGGCCGCACGGCCGCCAUCGAACGCAUCAUGUGCGAAGGCCCGCUGCGGGCACUGCGGCAGGCGCUGACGCGCUCCAACUGCGCGCGGCUACACAACAAGCUGAAGCUGAUGGCGGCGGUGCAUCAGAGCCAGCCCACUGUGCAGCUGCUGCUCUCCACCUCGGAGUUCGUUGGGGCCCUGGAGCUCAUCGCCACCACCAAGGAGGUGCUGCAGCAGGAGCUGCAGGGGAUACACAGCUUCAGACACCUGGGCUCGCAGCUGUGUGAGAUGGAGAAGCUGAUAGACAAGAUGAUGGUGGAGGACUUUAGCAUGUACUCCAGGAGUGACCUCAGCAGGAGUCUGGAGGAUGACGGACAGGUCAUGGAGAAGUGGUCACUGUUCUCACAGAUGCAAUACAAACGUUCAGUCUCAAUAAAGGACAGGCUGGAGUCUCUGGUGUUUGGCUUGCUCAGGCAGCGGAAGCUAGAUUUUCUGGACAUCUACAGCGACGAGAUGAUCCUAGCAGCCAAAAGCAUCGUCACGCAGUCUGUUGUCGACUCGGUGUCACAGAUUGAAGAAAUCGACACUGACAUCGUCACAAAGCUGGCAGACCAGAUGCGUCUAAUGACCUUCCCCCAGUGGUUUGAGCUGCUGAAGUCCGUCUUUGAGAACUUCAUUCUCUUCCUGAAGAGGAUCAAGGCAACGCUCAGUGUGGUGAGGAAUGUGGUGCUGGAGGCGCUGGACAGCAACCAGAAGAGCCGUCUGCUGGAGCGGGCUGCGGCUGCAGCGGGGGGCCUUGCUGAGGCCCCAGGAACCCCUCUCAAUCAGGGGGAAGCAGAACUGGCCUACCUCACCCACGAGGGCCUGUUCAUCAGCGACGCUCUAAAUGAUGCCCAGCUGAACCUGGGGGCAGGCGGGGGCCAGGAGCAGAGCUCCACGGUGGGGCCCAGGCAGGCCCUGUCACGUUUGGAUGGUUGUGGUAGUGACUCCGCCUCAGGGACCACCGAGUCGUCCUCCAGCAGGGAACACGCUCUCCAGCCAGGAGUAGCCACCGGCAUCUCGUCCAGUGAGGACAUGAUGCCCAGUGACCUGGAGCUGGGCCGCGUGGCCAAUAACAUCCAGGAGCUGCUCUACACCGCCUCAGACGUCAGCCACGACCGCUGUGUCAAAGUCCUCAUGGCCAGAGCCAAGGAUGGCUCCCUGGAGCGUCUGAGCUCGGCCGAGUUUGUGUUUCUGUCCCAGGCGGUGGAAGGCUUUGUGAGGGACACUGAGGAGCUGUGCUGCAGGCGCAGUGUGUCCCUAAGGGGGGCGCUACAGAGCCAGGCCAACCGCUUUGUCCACCGCUUCCACGAGGAGCGCAAGACCAAGCUCAGUCUGCUGCUGGACAAUGAGCGGUGGAAACAGGCAGAGGUCCCUGCAGAAUUCCAGGACCUGGUUAACUCCAUAGCAGAUGGCAGGAUCACACUACCCGAACGCAAACCCCAAGGCACAGAAGAAAGGAAACCAAGUGAUUAUUUGCACAUUGAUGGCCAGAAAUAUGCUGUUGUCGGCACGGUGUUACUACUAAUCCGGAUCUUCCUGGAGUACUGUCAGUGUGUCAACGACAUCCCUUCCAUCUCCACAGACAUGCUCACCCGCCUCUCAGACCUACUCAAGCACUUCAACUCGCGGAGCUGCCAGCUGGUCCUGGGGGCAGGAGCACUACAAGUGGUGGGACUCAAGACCAUCACCACUAAAAACCUGGCCCUGGCCUCUCGCUGUCUUCAGCUGGUGGUUCACUACAUUCCCGUCAUCAGGGCCCACUUUGAGACCAAGCUGACGCCCAAGCAGUACAGCGUCCUCAGGCACUUUGACCACAUCACGAAGGACUACAACGAUCACAUAGCGGAGAUCUCCGCUAAACUGGUGUCGAUCAUGGACAGCAUGUUUGAGAAGGUGCUGUCUAAGUAUGAAGUCAAGGCCCCCAUGCCGUCGGCCUGCUUUCGCAACGUCUGUAAACAAAUGGCCAAAAUGCAUGAAGCCCUCUACGAGCUGCUACCUGAGGAACAGGCACAGAUGUUGUUCCUGAGGAUCAAUGCCAGCCUUAAAAUUCACCUUAAAAGGCAGCUGGCCCGUCUCGGGGUGCACCACGACGGUGGACCUCAACAUGGGCUGGUGACGGUGGAUGUCGCGUUUUACACUGAGAAUGUUCAAUCACUGAGGACACUUGAGAAGCUAGACUUGAACAUGGCUGAGAUCUGGGAGCAGAAGAGGUGAUGAUGGGGGUAGUAGUCGUCCUACCUACCCACCUACAGUGUGUAACGCCUUGUUAACCCACCCCGGAGGGAGGGGAGAAACUAACUCUAAUCAGAUUCUUGUUGUAAAGAGACUGCAUCUCCAGCAGCCAGCCUGCCCAGCGAUCUGUCUGUGGUACAGAAAGAGAGAGGAGGAGGUCUGGUAGUGGUGGUGCUUCAAGGGAGAAACUGCCCCAGGCAGCAACGGUGUGGGACCAAACACUGAAGCGGCCAUUGUGUAGGACAGGCUACAUAACAUGGCAACCUAUUCCCUAUACAGUGUACCACUAGUGCAAUGAUCUAGGGAAUAGGGUGCCAUUUCAGACACUGACAUGGGCUUUUUUUAAAGAGCACCUCCCUGAGGGGGCUACAAUGAGAUACGAGACACCUUUAGGACGCAACUGCUGCCCGUUACCUCAUCACACUGUAAUUCAACUAUAGAUGACUUAUUAAAAACAGAUGAAUAAAUGGACUUUGAUUGGACUGAAAUGCUGACAUGGUUCAGAACAUGUCACUUACUGGAGAACUGAUUUUUAUUUAUUUUUUCAGGUUGAAAGCAUAGUUUUUCUUGCGCCGGUCAACGAAGUAAGGAAUAACAAGACCACUUCGACACACUCAGAUCCAGACCCAUGUUUAAGCUAAAUGGCAUUUAAGUUGACUAAAAACACUGUUCUCUAAAGAGAGCUUCAGAUGGAGCAUAAUUUGCACUGAAUGCAUCUGCAAACAAAUUCCUUCCAAUCCUCAAGUGUUAGUGUUCCCUUCCAUGGCCCUACAUUAAACCUUUACUGUGCUGUCUGUACAGUAAGAGUGAGCCAUUUCAUCACAAUGCCACUUUGAGCAUUGAUAGACUAUAUGCCCGAGCUAAGUAAUUAUAUUUAAAGCAUGAACGAACAUUAGCCUCUGAUUGGUUUGUCUUUUUUAAAGUAGUUGAGCUCCAACCAAAAGUCUUGUUUCCCAGUUCUAUUCACUGCCUGUCUUACACUGUGAGGAUCUACUGGUGUAUAUAACAAAAAGCACCAUCCAGUAAAGUGGUCUACUUCAAAAGUGCCUACUUUUGAUAAAUAUCAAAGACAGACUUCUUUACAAUAGUAUACUGUUUGAGUGCCUGUGAGCGUAUGACUGUUGGGCACUCUGGGUAAGAAAGUGUGGCAAACUGAAAAUCUGACCGCAUGCCUGUCUUGAAUCCCAGGAAACUGAAUAAAACAUGGGACAAUAUGGAA